GAAACUUGGGGAAUUAUGCCAAUUAUAUGUGCGCAUUCGGGCGCUUUAGAAGGUUCCAGCACUACGCGGCCUGACAGACGAGAGCGCGCCAUAACCCAGGAGUCACGUGGGCAGCGCACUCACAACCUCCACCAUAUUACUGCCUCUCUCCUCUAUAUCACCUUAAACAUGGACUCCAGGAAGAUAAUAGAUAUACUUAGGGGGACGAUAGAUCCAAAUUUGCGGCAGCAGGCGGAGGAGGAACUGACGCAGAUGAAGAAAAUCAUUGGGUUUACACCUGCCCUUCUUCAAGUAGUGAUGAUGGGAGAGUUGGAUAUGCCUGUACGUCAGGCAGGAGUCAUCUACUUAAAGAACAUGGUAGCACAGUACUGGAAAGAUGCAGAGUAUGAGGGUGGGGAGCCUAUACCUUUUCACAUACAUGAACAAGAUCGUGCCAUGAUCAGGGAUGCUAUAGUAGAUGCAGUUGUUCAUGCUCCAGACUUAGUGAGAGUGCAGUUGGCAGUAUGUACAUACCAGAUGGUGAAACACGACUUCCCAGGCAGAUGGACAACUAUUGUCGAUAAAAUUAGCAUAUAUCUCCAGAAUCCAGACACUAUGCUUUGGAAUGGAAGCCUUCUCUGUCUUUAUCAACUUGUCAAAAAUUUUGAAUAUAAAAAGAAGGAAGAUAGAGGUCCACUUCAUGAAGCAAUGAGAAUGCUGCUUCCAAUGUGUUAUGAGCGAAUGGUACACCUUCUGCCAGACCCAUCUGAGCAUUCCACCCUCCUACAAAAGCUUGUUCUCAAGAUUUUUUAUGCUCUAACACAGUAUCAUUUACCGCUAGAGUUGCUAAGCCGUGAGCAUUUCACUGAAUGGAUGGAAGUUAUACGACAAGUAGCAGACCGUCCAGUACCAGAUCAGACCUUGCAAGUAGAUGAAGAAGAAAGACCUGAUUUACCAUGGUGGAAGAUUAAGAAAUGGGCUCUUCAUAUCCUGGCUAGACUAUUUGAGAGAUAUGGUUGUCCUAGUACAGUAAGUAAAGAAUACAAACAGUUUGCAAUGUGGUUUAUCAAAACCUUUACACAAGGCAUCCUCCAGGUGUUGAUGAAGAUCCUUGACCUGUAUCGUAAUAAAAUUUAUAUAUCUCCUAGAGUCCUGCAGCAGACUCUUCAUUAUUUAGAACAAGGUGUGGGCCAGUCCAUAGCAUGGAAGCUUCUCAAGCCUCACAUGUUAUCAGUGGUUCAAGAUGUUCUCUUUCCCCUCAUGUGCUAUUCAGAUUCUGAUCAAGAACUGUGGAAUUCAGACCCAUAUGAGUAUGUUAGAGUAAAAUUUGACAUAUAUGAGGACCUGGUGUCUCCAGUGACAGCAGCCCAGGCACUUCUCAUAUCCACUGUGCGCAAGAGGAAAGAGAUGUUAGAGAAGACGAUGAUAUUUUUGAUGCAAGUCUUAACUACACCCAAUGUUGAUCCACGUCACAAGGAUGGCGUCAUGCAUAUGAUUGGCACAAUGGGAAGUGUAUUGCUUAAGAAGAAGAUUUACAAGGAUCAAAUGGAAACUAUGAUCGCUCAGUAUGUCUUCCCAGAGUUCCAGAGUCCAUUUGGCUUCAUGCGGGCACGGGCUUGUUGGAUCUUGCAAAACUUUGACGAGAUAAAAUUUAAAUCGGAACAAAACAUAAUGGCAGCAAUGAAUUGCAUUCAGAAUUCAUUGCUUAACGACCAUGACCUUCCAGUAAAGGUAGAAGCUGCUAUGGCACUCUCGGCUUUUCUUGCCUCUCAGAACAAAGCUGAGAAGAUUGUAGAACCUAAUAUUAGGCCAAUUGUCCAAGAACUAUUGAAGGUGAUCAAAGAAACUGAAAAUGAUGAUUUAACAAAUGUUAUGUGCAAGAUUGUUACUACGUACACUGACCAACUAACUCCAAUUGCUGUAGAAAUGUGUACUCAGUUGGCAGCAACUUUCCAGCAGGUGGUGGAUGCUGAAGAUGGAGCAGAUGAAAAAGCCAUAACAGCUAUGGGCUUGCUUAGCACAAUUGAAACCCUAAUAAACUGCAUGGAGGAAAAUCCCAAGAUCAUGGAGCAGAUAGAACCAAUCACGUUACAGGUUGUUGGCCUCAUACUUACCAAAAAUGUAAUGGAGUUUUAUGAAGAAGCACUUGCACUCAUCUACAGCCUCACUAGUACUAGAAUCUCCCCAGACCUUUGGAAAUGCUUUGAAAUGAUGUAUCAGAUGUUCCGGAAUGAUGGCUUUGAUUACUUUACGGAGAUGAUGCCAGCCCUACACAAUUAUGUAACGGUUGACCCAGAUGCAUUUUUGAGUAAUGAAGCUCAUCUUUUGGCAGUGUGCGAAAUGUGCAAGACUAUACUAACACAGGAUUGUUCGGAAGAUGACGAGUGCCAUGCUGCCAAGCUACUUGAGGUCGUGGUUCUACAGUGCCAGGGUCGCAUCAACCAAUGCUUGGGGUCCAUCAUUCAGCUUGUAGUGGAGCGACUAUUGAGAGAAGUCAAAACAACAGAGUUGCGAACAAUGUUAUUGCAGGUGGUGAUAGCAACGUUGUAUACUGCCCCAGAUCCCCUCCUUCAAGUGCUGGAGUCCACAACAUUACCCAACACAACAACAACCCUCACAUCACACUUCAUUAAGCAGUGGAUUCAUGACACGGAUUGUUUCCUUGGACUCCAUGACCGUAAGAUCUGCGUCUUGGGGAUGUGCACAUUGCUACAGCUUGGUCCAGAUCGCUUGGGAGUACUACAGGAGUGUCAUAAAGAAAUUUUACCGGCUAUGCUCUUGCUUUUCCAGGGCUUGAAGAGAGCUUAUGCAGCAAAAGCCAGUGAAGAGGACGAUGAUGAUGACGAUGAUGAUGACGACGAUGAAGAUAUUGAACAUGAAGUCCUAGAGAGUGAUGAGGAUGAAUUGGAUGAUAAUGGCGAUGAUUACUUAGAAAAGUUGGAGGAUAAAGUGAACAAGGCUUCAGCCGCAUCACAAUUUACCAUCGAUACUUGCAUACAGGAUGAUGACGAUGAUGAUGAUGAGGUGAUGAUGAAGAGGGAUGAUAAAAAAAGGGGAUGAAACACAUUGAACCUCACCUCCUUUGGAUAAGGUGACUGUGAAAUAGAUGAAUAUUGGGUCUUCAAGGAAGUAAUGCAGAGUUUGGAGAGCAAUGCUCCAGCAUGGUAUCAAGCACUGACAGGCAGUCUGAGUGCAGAGCAGCUGAAAAGUAUGCAGGAAGUGGCCACACUAGCUGACCAGAGGCAUGCUGCAGCUCAGAGUAAGAAGAUUCAACAGAGUGGAGGUUACAACUUCCAGCAAACUGCAGUUCCUUCAAGUUUCAACUUCGGUGGAUCUUUUGGCUCUUAAUCCAAGAACUACAUUAAUUUUAGUGCCUUAAGCAUACGUUAUAGGCAUGAUCAGAGAGUCUAAUAAAAAUUUGGGAAUGCAUCAGGGUAUGUCCCAUUAUUCAGUGAUGUAGCUCCAUGUCUCACCUAGAGACUUUUCAGCAGGUAUUGCAGUAUAGGAUAAAAUUUUGUUAUUCUUGUAUAAAACUCAUCUAAGUGUGCACACGUUUCCUUAAUACUGACAAUAGCCUGCCAUUAAUCUCUGCCCCUUCCCCUAUCAAAGCUUGAAUGAGGUAUACUAUAAACCAAUUAAAUGUGUGCUUCUAUUUUCAUAAUUACUGUAGUAUUAUCCGUUUCUUCCCUACUACUAUUACCACCUGUAGGGAUGUUGCCUGGGUCACUGCCUUGUUUGUCGAAGGUAUUUGAUUACUUUAAAUGUUGAAUUAUAUGCAAGAUCUUGAGUAUCAUUGCUUUGAAGAACAAGUUUUACUUUUUUCUAUGCAACAGCCCAGAACAUCCUCUGUGGUAUUUUUGGCCCCCUUGGCUUUGUUGUCCAUAUCUGCUGUCCCCAAACUGGAGCACAGGAAUGAUCUAUGUACAAAAGAGCAGCCCCGCCUCUGGAGCUGACCACCAUCUAAUGUUGGUGUUCAGCCAGCUGAGUCACAACAUUCAAUACAGCCAAGCUAUUGCUGUAUGGCUGAUGUUGCUCAGUGUAGAAGAUUGGAGACCUGGAAAAAUACAGGUUGUUCUGUAGGUCGGUGUGGAAUGAGGUGGUACGGGCUGCUCUCUCCACAAUAAUCCCUGGAGUGGAUUUAAAUGAUCCUCUCCAAUGAUUUGAGUUUUAUUAUGUACCAUCCAGGAUAUAUCUAACUUAAUGAGUUCAAUUUUUU